CCAAACUGAUAAAUCAGUUCAGUGUUCUAUCUUACCGAGUUAAGAUGUUUCGCUUUGUACCUGUACUAGCAACGAUAUUCAUUGCAACAGCUCUAGCCCAAGAAGACUUUGAAACAUUUCGACUACCGAACAACACACGACCAGAAACUUACGACCUUAGUAUAAGGACAUGGGUUGAUGCAGCCAAUUCGACAUUCACCGGAUCGGUACGAAUUGGAAUUGUAGCAGUUGAAGCGACUGAUUUUAUUACGUUACAUCAUGAUGUGCGACGACUCGAAAGUGUCAGAGUUUUAUCAGUUGAUGAGGUGCCACUUAACAUCGGUGAAUUCUUGUACGAUGAAGAACGAGAUUUUCUAACGAUUCCCAUUGCCGGAAGUAAUUUGAUACAAGGAACGAGAUAUUUUAUUGACAUCGACUAUGUCGGAUCUAUGAAUACGUACAACGGUUUCUAUCGCAACUACUACGAGGUCAACGAUACGCAAAUAUGGUUUGGUUCUACACAAUUUGAGCCACUUUAUGCGCGUAAAGCGUUUCCUUGCUAUGACGAGCCAGCGCUACGAUCUACAUUUAGGAUUCGAUUGACUCACGUUUCCUCUUACUCCGCUAUUUCGAAUAUGCCAGCUGUUUCCGAAACGCAAAAUCCCGAUGGAUCCGUAACGACAGAAUUUGAGACGACACCCCUUAUGUCAACGUAUCUUGUAGCAUUUCACAUUUCCGAUUUUCCGAAUGUGACAAGCCUAACUCCUGGAGACAUCCCUCAACGAAUAUUCGUUAGACCGACUGCUUUGAAUACAACUGAUGUGGCGGUAGAAGCUGCUGAAUUACUUAUUGACGGAUUUAGAGAAUAUUUUGAAAUUGAAUUUUCCCUACCGAAAGUGGACCAGGUCGCCGUUCCUGGUUUUCUAUCGGGAGCCAUGGAGAAUUGGGGACUACUGACCUAUGCUGAAUACUAUUUCCUGUUUGACGAAUCUCUUGAUCUUUUCCCUACAAAGAUUGAAGCUGUUCAAACGAUUUCACAUGAAUUGGCGCACCAGUGGUUUGGCAAUUUGGUUACUCCAAGAUGGUGGACCUACUUAUGGCUGAAGGAGGGAUUCGCAACAUUCUUCGAGUUUUUCGGCAUUGACUUGGUCUAUCCUGACUGGCAACACAUGGACUUUUUCGUAACAGAUGUAAAGCACAAUGUGUUCUACGUGGAUUCGAACGAAUUCUCUCGGCCAAUGACUUCUCACAUAGAAAUUCCUAAUGACAUUGAAGAUAACUACGACGGUAUAACAUACGGCAAAGCCGGCUCGGUUUUACGAAUGUUUUGGUUUAUGUUCGGUGAAAGCACAUUUAUGAGAGGUGUGAGAUCGUAUCUGGAAGUCAAUUCUUAUUCUGAUGCAGCCGAGGAAGAACUCUUCGAAGCGUUAGAUGAUUCGAUUCAACAAGAAGUGGAAACUGUUAUUCCUCCUGGCGUAGAUGUAGCAACAAUUAUGGCAUCAUGGACGAGACAAGCUGGAUUCCCUUUGGUAACCGUCGAACGGAAUUAUGAUGACCGGACCGAUCAAGUGACGCUUACACAGGCACGUUACUAUUCGUACCCACCAACAAACACUGAGAAUACGACAUGGUGGAUUCCGUACAAUUUUGCCACUCCCAGCAACCCAGGUUUUGAAAAUACAAGAGCCGAAGGAUGGAUACCUCAAGGCAGCAGUUCUGUGGAGAUAACUGUUGAUUCGUUGAGUGCUGACGACUACUUGUUGAUAAACAAACAGUCAGCAGGUUAUUACAGGACUCUAUACGACGAACGGAAUUACAGACUCAUCUCCGAUGCCAUUUUACGAAAUGGAUCGCUUUUCCAUUCGACCGACAUAGCACAACUGAUUGAUGACGCCAUCGAGUUUUACAGAACUGAUGGACAGGUAGAUCUAACAGUACUGUUGGAUUUAAUAAGAGUUCUCGAAUUCGAAACCGAUUUUGUCAGUUGGAGUCCAGCAUUUUAUGCCAUUUACUACAUCGACCAGCAUUUCCGGGGACAUCAAAACUAUCCAAUUUGGGCUGACUUUGUGCGCAGUCUUACGGAAAAUUUAUAUGAAUCCGUUGGUGUUGAAGACAUUCCCGACGAGCCAAUAUUGCGGAAAUAUUCGCGCGAGAAUGUCGUCCAAUUAGCAUGCGAAAUGGGCUCCGUUCACUGUCGAAGCGAUGCAAAUCGACAGCUUCGUCGGCACAUAGAAACUGGCAUAAUAUUCCAUCACAAUAUCAAGCAUACGUUGAUGUGCGCAUCAUUUCGUAGUGCCAGCCGAACUGAUUUCCAUUUCAUGUGGAAUCGUUUGUCGUCGCUACCGAUUGAUGAAUUUGGCGAUCGAGCCGACAUUAUUGAUUGGUUGGGAUGUUCUACAUCCAGACAACUACUGAAUGAAUUUGUGAGGUCAUCCCUGAAUUCAACGAACGCGAACAAUGUCGAAUACAGUGAGUAUGAGCAAUAUUCCGUUUUCAGUUCAGUUCAGCACAGCGGUCUUGUUGGACUUGGGGUUGCACUUGAUUUUUUGAUCGAAAAUGCAGUAGAAGCAUUUGAAACAUUCGGAGGGUAUUUGGUGUAUAACCUUUCCUACAUCGUCCGCAGAGCCGAUCACAUUGAAAGUUAUGUCGCUUUUCAAAACAUUUUACGUGACGCUGGACUGAUACAGCAGGAAGACAUUGAUUACAAUAUGGAGGUAGUUGCUGAAGCCGUUAGGUGGUUGGAAGCAGAAGGCGAGGAAGUGAACAGUUGGCUUUUGGAAAAUUUUUCCUAAUUUUGUCCACAAAUAAAUAAUUUUCAA